AUGGUCAGCUCCUGUUGUGGCUCUGUCUGCUCUGAGGAGGGCUGUGGCCAAGGCUGCUGCCAGCCCAGCUGCUGCCAGCCCAUCUGCUGUAGGCCCACCUGCUGCAGGCCCACCUGCUGUGUGUCCAGCUGCUGCAGACCCAGCUGCUGUCAGUCUGUGUGCUGCCAGCCCACCUGUUGCCGCCCCAGCUGCUGCCGCCCCAGCUGCUGCAUUUCUAGCUGCUGCAGGCCUUCCUGCUGUCGCCCUAGCUGCUGUGUGUCCAGCUGCUGCCGCCCCAGCUGCUGCAACUCCAGUUGCUGCCGCCCCUGCUGUAGCAGUUCCAGUUGCUGUGUGUCCAGCUGUUGCCGCCCCAGCUGCUGCAGGCCUUCCUGCUGCAUUUCUAGCUGCUGCAGGCCUUCAUGCUGCCAACCCAGCUGCUGUCGCCCUAUCUGCUGUGUGUCCAGCUGCUGCAGGCCUCAGUGCUGCAUCUCCAGCUGCUGCCGCCCUACCUGCUGCCAGACCUCCUGCUGCCGCCCAGCAUGUUCUAGCUGUUCUUGCUGCUGA